CAAGGGUAUAUAAACUUCGGCUCCGCCCGAAGUUAGCUUUCCUUUCUUGUUUUUAUAUAAUUUAAUUACAGUGUAAUACUUUACUUUUUUUUAAUUAAAAUUUUGUUUACUAAAAUACAAAAUCAAUCGCUUUUAAAAUAUACCACCAUGAGUUGUUUCUAGCAUAUAAUUUUAAAUUUAUCAUUGAGAGCUCAAAUCUGGCAACACUGUCGGUGAUGUUAAUAAGUUUCAGAAAUAGCUAUACAAAAUCUUUCUGUUGGGUACACAAAUUCAGUUUAUCAAUUAAAUUUAAAUGGUCAUAAACUAAAUAAGCAUUAUGGAGGCAGUUGGGACUUUAAAUAUGGUUUCAAUCGGAGCCUCUAUUGCGUUGCGAUUCGUGUCUAUUUUUAUGACUUGGAUAUUGGCAUACGAGUACUGGAUAAACAAAUCGUAUGCCUUUAGUGCCUGGACAGUAGGGUCAAUCAUUGCGCCCAUGGUCAUUACAUCAGUCAUAUAUAUAGUAUAUAUAUUAUAUACACAUGUAAGCACUCAUAAAAUAAACUCGCAAGCCAUACCGAAACGCAUCCUCGACCAAGGCGUGUUCUUAAACAUUCUACUCUUUUAUCUGUUCCGAGAUUGUUAUGCCUUCUAUUAUACAAGGAAACUAAAAGAAACAAUGGAGGCUGCUGACCGUGAGGGGGAGAUAAUACCACUUUCAAAACUUUGCUGGAUCCGGUGGACCCCCUGCAGCUAAAUAACUAUCAAUUUUCGUAAUCAACGACAAAUGAACAGUUUUGGAAAAAAAGCUCCUCAUUAGUGCUGAGCUCGAGUAGCUCCUCUUGUAAUAUCACAUUCUCCACUUCUGUUUCAUCAAAUGGAUUUAUGAUCCAUGGUGGUAUUUCCAUCGACAGAAUGUCUUCAAAUAUAGUUUUAAAAUCACCAUACAGGGCAAUCAAAUGUUGAAUGUAUGUCUGAAUAUCUUCAUCAAGGCAUUCUACCUGCAAUAAGUUUGAAAACUGUGAAAAUUCGCGCCGACCAAUAUUUCCCUUCAUAAACUUCAAUUUACCAAUAAAAGCUGAAAUUACA